UCGGCCAGCCCCGGCAGACGUGUCCCGGCCGCCGCACGGGUCCACCAUGUUCACGAGAGCCGACGACUACGGCCGCGCCAAGAAGACGGACGCCCGCCGACAAGAGACUCGCAGUGUGCUCUCGCUAUCGACGGCCGGCUUCUGCGUGGCCUGCCUCGUCUUCCUGCUCUUCGUGUACGAUGGGAGUCAGCCGAAGGCGGCGCGCGCGCGCAAGAGCGGCGUUCAGUUGGACGAGGACGGGUUCGAGAUAUGCCACGUGCCGGCCAUCCAGCGGCCGGAGGAGUUCUUCGACGACAUCGAGACGGUGACGGCCGACUGUCGGAGCAUGGUGCAACUGGGCAAGACGGCCGUCAGCGAGGUGCUGCACGGGGAGUGGGGCACCGCCACCAAGUGCAACGAGACGGCCGCCCACUUCCAGUGGAUCUGCCUGGACAAACGGCUGAAGAUCACGCCGGGCAGCUGCCUGACCUACUCCAUCGGGGUCGACAAAAGCUUCACGUUCGAGACGGACAUGGAGCGGCUCGGGUGCGAGGUGUACGCGUUCGACACCCUGGAUCAGGUCGACGAUCACCAGCGCUCCGAUCGCAUCUGGUUCCAGAACAUCCGCGUCGGCCUCAAUUCGUUCGACGCGCUCCGCCAGGGCAACACCGUGGAGCGCGCUAGGAACUUGCACCAGGUGGUGGAGAGUCUCGGCCACAAGCACCGCACCAUCGACGUGCUGAAACUGGACAUACGCGACCACGAGUGGGAGGCGCUCGACGAGUUCGUGCGCUCCGAGGUGCUGGACCAGGUUAAGCAGCUGGUGAUCACGCUCAACUUCAACCGGCCGAUCAACUCGGAGCACCCGCACAUGCUGAUGGAGCAGCUGCUGACCUACUACCAGCUGCUGCGCAUGUUGGACUGCGACGGCUUCCGUGUGUUCUCGUCCAAGGGCCGAGGCGAGCCGGUGCGCGCACACGGCAUGAAGCGACACUUCUACCCCGAGUACGAGAUCUCUUACGUUAACACCAACUUCUACCACUGAGUGCACUUUCCGGCUACGGCGUCUCCUCCUGCCCGUGACCACAGUCACGGGGCUGGCUGCUGCCUCGGCCGUCCGGGUCCGGCUGUCGGUCGUCUGACCGUUGAACUCAACCCCCACCGUCGCAAACCGCACCGGGUUCGGGACGGACAGAAGCUCGCGGCUCACAGUCGCCCCUUCGCACUGUUUCGCCUCGCACCGGUGGAUGAUGACACGUCGUCUGUUUCUGGCUCACCAUGGGGCUGGGCUCUGACGUCUCAGUCCACCGCACCCCGCAGUGACCGCAGUUGGGAUUGUUAACACCGAGCCGUGGUAACUCGAACUCGACGGUCAGUCUGAGCAGCGGAAGUGGUUCGUGAAGCGAGCGAGGGAACGCGUGCAUAAGUGCAGACGAGAAUAAUGGGCUAAAAAGGUGUGGCCGGUGUGGACAGAAACGGGUUUAUUAGACGGCCAUGUGGUUUUGUGUUUCAUUUGUUCUGUGCCAUGUAAUCAAACGCAAGAGUAGGAAUCAUUAAACUCGCAAAUAAAUAUCCAGAGCAAUGGGGAACU